AUUUUCACCAACAUUUUGGGGAAGUUAAAUUCUUGGUGAGUCUUUUGACAGAUGGGUCAUUGUACAUGGUGAUGGUCUUCUCAGAUUCAAAUUUCAAACCGUAGCGCAUAGCCUCUCUCCAAUUUGCUAUGUGAUGAAGCAACAUAUUAAGAGUUGAGACAACUGGGAAAAUAUGGAGUGCAACAAAGAUGAGGCAGCUAGGGCCAAAGAAAUAGCAGAGAGGAAAUUUUCUGAAAGGGAAUAUGCUACUGCAAAAAAGUUUGCUCUCAAGGCUUUAAAUUUGUAUCCUGCACUGGAGGGUCUUUCCCAGUUUUUGACAACACUCGAUGUUUAUAUCUCUGCCGGGAACAAAAUAAGUGGAGAAAUGGAUUGGUAUGGUAUUCUUGGAGUUAAUCCCUUUGCUGAUGAUGAGACAGUUAGAAAGCAGUACAGGAAGCUGGCUCUCACUCUUCACCCUGACAAAAACAAGUCUUUAGGUUCAGAGGGUGCAUUUAAGCUUGUUUCAGAGGCAUGGAGUUUACUAUCAGAUAAGUUCAGGAAACUAGCAUAUAACCAGAAAAGGAGUUUGCAAGGAUUUCAGCAUAAUGCUCCCAACCAUGUUGGGUCUCAAUCAGAAGCACCCAGUUCAAAUGGUUUUAAAAAUAUUAACAAGAAUGCAACUUCAAAUGUGAGAACUGGAAAUAGAAGUGUUCGGCCACCUUCAACCUCCAUUCCUACUCCACAUAAAAAGGAUGGUACCUUUUGGACUAUCUGUAACCGGUGCAAGACACAUUAUGAGUAUCUCAGGAUUUAUUUGAAUCAUUCCCUUUUAUGUCCAAAUUGUAAUGAAGCUUUUAUAGCUAUAGAGAAAUGUCCACCUCCCAAUGUUGUUAGGUCUUCUAAUUGGUCUUCUCCGCAACAUAAUCAGAAGUCCCGACAUCAUGCUGGAUGGAAUAACUCAAGUAAUCCAGGAAGAACUUGUGCAGUUUCUCAAAACUCACAAUCUGGCGGUUCUUCAGGCAUGACUUAUUUUAAUAACACAAACUUCCAGGGGGUUCCUCACUCAAGAAUGGCUGGCUUUGUUGGCACAGGUGGAUCAUCAUCUGUUGCUGGUGCAAGUUUUAAGCAGCAGUCAAGUGAGAAAAGAAGAGAAUGUGAGGGAGCCGCAUCAAUUGCUGCAUGGCAGAGGACUCAGAUGUAUAACAGAUCUGAUGGUUCUUUUAGUAAUGUUGAAAAACCUAUGAAGAAAAUAAGGGCGGAUGAUACUCACAUGAGCAUGAGAGAUGGAGCAACCAGUUUGGGCUGUUUUCGUGAAUUAGGAAAGGAUGACAUGGGAACAGAAAGGAUUUAUGGUUUUUCAGGUAUUACUAGCAAGAGAGAGUUGUCAAUGUUUGAAAUACGAAUCAUGUUGAUGGAUAAGGCUCGGAUUGAAAUUCGCAAGAAACUUAAAGAAUGGAGAUCUAUGGCUGAAGCUAAGAUUACAAAUAAGGACAAAGGAAAUAAGAGACAAAAGAGCACGUUUAGUGACAAAAUAACUGGUCCAGAGAAGCAUGGAGGUUCCAGUAUUCAUGGUAACAGGCAUGUGGACAGUGAUUCUAUCCCAGUCACAUCUGAUGACACUGUAGAGGAGAACCAAGCUUUUACAAUCAAUGUUCCAGAUUCUGAUUUUCACAAUUUUGACUUGGAUAGAGCUGAAAAUUCCUUUGAGGAGGACCAGGUCUGGGCUGCUUACGAUGAUGAUGAUGGAAUGCCUAGAUAUUAUGCUAGAAUUCAGAAGGUGAUCUCCUUGAAGCCAUUUAGAAUGCGUAUUAGUUGGCUUAACUCUCGAAGCAACAGUGAAUUGGGCCCAAUAGAUUGGAUAGGUUCUGGUUUUUACAAAACUUGUGGGGAUUUCAGGAUUGGCAGGCAUGAAAUAACUGAAUCAUUAAAUUCAUUUUCACAUAAGGUUAGGUGGACAAAAGGCACCAGAGGAGUCGUUCGCAUCUUUCCUGGAAAGGGGCAAGUUUGGGCUCUCUAUAGAAACUGGUCUCCUGACUGGGAUGAAAAUACUCCAGAUGAAGUGAUACACAAGUAUGAUAUGGUGGAGGUGCUUGAAGAUUUCAGCGAGGAGGAAGGUAUAUUAGUUACACCACUUGUUAAGGUUGAUGGUUUUAGGACAGUGUAUCAAAGGCACAGCCAUGAUCAGGUAAGGAAGAUUCCUAAAGAGGAGAUGUUUCGCUUCUCUCAUCAGGUUCCUAAUCACUUGCUUACAGGGCAAGAAGCUCAUAAUGCUCCAAAGGGCUGUCGAGACUUGGAUCCAGCAGCUAACAACACAAGUUAAUGGGGCAUUGGUUGGAAAAUCUAAGGAAGACACAUUGUCCAGUCCACCUGAAAACCAUGCAUCUGGUGAAGGAGUGAAUGCUUCAAAAUCUAGUAGAGCAGUAACGUUAGACGAGGAUGGAAAACAGAGAAAGGAUGAUAGAUGACACUGCACAGUAUAGAAAAGUAAUGCAAAUAGGCUUAGAAAUUGAAUUCAAUAUUGAUUAAAAUACUCUCAUAGGUUACUCUUGAUUUUGUAAGCCUAAAGUACUUUUUGGUGUCAUAAUUGGAUAGAAGGGA